AAGCCCAGUCCGGAGCUUGGAGGCCGUGCCGCGCACGCCACGCCGGGGAGGGAGCCGGGCCGGGGCCGAGGCCGAGGCUGGAGCCUGGCGGGGGCGAACGGGCUGCGCUGCCGGCCGCCCGGGAGCCGCAGUGAUGGCGGUGCAGGCGGCGCUUCUCAGCCCGCACCCCUUCGUCCCCUUCGGCUUCACAGGCACCCCGGACGGGCUGGGGAGCGCCUUCGGAGCUCUGGACAAGGGCUGCUGCUUCGAGGACGAUGAAACCGGGGCGCCGGCGGGUGCGCUACUGGCGGGAGCCGAGGGUGGGGACGUGCGCGAGGCCACCCGCGACCUGCUCAGCUUUAUCGACUCGGCGUCUAGCAACAUCAAGCUGGCGCUCGACAAGCCGGGCAAGUCGAAGCGGAAGGUGAACCACCGCAAGUACCUGCAGAAGCAGAUCAAGCGUUGCAGCGGCCUCAUGGGCGCUGCGCCCCCGGGACCGCCGUCCCCUAGCGCUGCCGACACGCCUGCCAAGCGGCCGCCCGCCGUCCCUAGUGCCCCGACCGUCGUCGCUCCGGCCCACGGCAAGGCCGUCCCCCGGCGGGAGGCGUCGCAGGCUGCGGCGGCCGCCAGCCUGCAAAGCCGGAGCCUGGCCGCGCUCUUCGACUCGCUGCGCCACGUCCCCGAGGGCGCGGAGCUGGCGAGGGGCGCGGUGGCAGCGACUUCGGCUGGGCUUGGCGGAGCCGGCGCUGGGGUCGCGGGAGCGGACGCCGCCGGCCCUGCGGGGUCUACGGCGGCCCCGGGCGCCCGGAAGGUCCCAUUGCGGGCCCGCAACCUUCCCCCGUCCUUCUUCACGGAGCCAUCCCGGCCUGGAGGCGGCGGCUGCGGCCCGUCGGGGCCCGGCGUGAGCCUGGGUGACCUGGAGAAGGGCGCGGAGGCCGUGGAGUUCUUCGAGCUGCUGGGGCCCGACUACGGCGCCAACAGCGAGGUGGGGGUCUUGCUCUCCGCCGAGCCUCUCGACGUGUUUCCCGCCGGAACAGCCGUCCUGCGGGGACCCGCGGAGCUGGAGCCCGGCCUCUUCGAGCCGCCGCCGGCGAUGGUGGGAAGCCUGCUGUAUCCGGAGUCCUGGAGCGCUCCAGGCCCGCCGACCAAGAAGCCGCCCCUUGCUGCCCCCCGCGGCGGCUUGACCUUGAACGAGCCCUUGCGCCCCGUGUACCCCGCCGCCGCGGACUCCCCGGGCAGGGAGGAAGGGCCCAAUCAUUUGGCCUCUUUCGCCCCCUUCUUUCCAGACUGCGUUCUGCCCCCGCCGCCCCAUCAAGUGUCCUACGAUUACAGCUCGGGCUAUAGCCGUACGGCUUACUCGAGCCUUUGGAGACCAGACGGGGUUUGGGAAGGGACACCCGGGGAGGAGACGGCGCACAGGGAUUGACUGCCAGGCAGCCUUCACUCGCCUUAAGGGACGGUUGUGGGGAGCAUACGCCUCCGGGCCCUUCUUAAACCUAAAGAACGAUUGGAAAAUGCAUGUGGAGACGAAAAGGGAUUUUAAGAAAAUCAAUUAAUAAAAGAAACUUAACAAAAAGACACGAAGAGGAGUUGGCGAUUAUUUUAAUCACAGCUUCAAGAAUUUUUUUUUUUUUUUAAGUUGUUCGUAAGUUCUUCCAGGACCAGACAAGUCAAGAAUACGGGUGGGAAAUGGGGUGGGGUUUGCAAAGAGGCAAGAGGUGGCUUGUGUUGCCACCUGCUCCUUCUCCAACUGUUCAGCAAAAGGCCAGGCAGAAUGCUGUGUUUUUAGUGUAAUUGCCGCUUCCAAAACUGUGCUCUGGUCCCUCUUCUUCCCUCCGUUUUGAGUGCAUUUUGAAUUAAAGUAUAUCUUGGAAAGAA